AGCUCAAGCACGCUGCACCUCCCCACUCCUCCUUUAAUAAACAUGGCUGAACUGAAAACGGACGGUGGAUUUUAGGACUGCACCCGUCUGCUGCAGCACCAGCACAGUACUCGCACACACUCACACUGUUGAUUCACACAAGAAGACUCAGCAUGAGCUGAAUGUUUACAGCGCGGAGCCAAAGCAGCGAAAGUUUGAGUGUGACAGCCGCUAACGAAGAGACUUGAGCGGGACGGACCAGCUCCAGCUGAGAUACUACUGCAUGCAAAGCGUAGACUAAAUACUGCUUUUGCAUUUAUGGAAACUAUGCGUGUCUACUGAAGAAACCCUGGAUUUAUUGCUCUGAAGUAGCCUAAGACAGUCUGGCUUACAUUUGAAAGAGGUUUAAGCUGCUCUUAUAUGGAUUCACAGUUCACAUUUUUGUUGUAUUGCCCCGUUUAAAUGAUGUUCUCCGGUAAACAAACGAAGCCGACUUUUAAGUCUUAUCUUCCUCCACUUCAGACUGACUUGAAGAAAAGUCCUCAACUGCCCAUCAAGAAGCUAGAAGCAAAACUUCUACCAGGUGAAAUAAUUGUGAAUGAGGCUAACUUUGUAAGGAAGUGCAUCGGUUCAGAAAGUCAGGAUGACCUCUGGGGGAAACUUGUGUGUACUAACUUCAAAGUUUCCUUCAUUUCCCAUAAUUCAUUGCCACGAAAGAGAUUCCAGUGCACCCACCGCCUCUUGGGCGAGCAUGAUAUCCCGCUGGCUUGCGUGGAGCAGGUAGUAACAGUGAAUGAUCUUAAGGGGAAGCAGAAGAUUUUAGGUUCCAAUCAGAAGUUGAAAUUUAACCCUACUGAGCUUAUCCUCUACUGCAAAGACUUCCGCAUCAUCAGAUUCCGCUUUGAUGAAGCCGGACCCGAGAGUGCCAAAAAGGUUUGCCUGGCCAUCGCUCAUUAUUCCCACCCUGCUGACCCACAGCUACUCUUUGGCUUUGAAUAUGUCGGAAAGCGAUACCAUGGAUCAACAGGUGACCGGGUAAAUGGUGUUGACCGUGGCGGGGGGAUGCAGACCCCCCUGUUUGACUGCUCCUCUGACUGGGACAGAGAGAUCAAGCGUACUGGCGCCUCUGAAUGGAGAGUGUGUACCAUAAAUCAAGGCUAUUUCAUCUCGCCCAGUCUCCCAGAAUUCUUUGUGGUUCCGGUAUCUCUAGCAGAUCAGGAUCUGAAGCAAUACGCCUGCUUCUUUUACUCCCAGCGCAUCCCGUUAUGGUGCUGGAAUCACCCCAGUGGAAGCGCUCUGGUCCGCAUGUCUAACAUCAGUGACCCACAGCAGCAGAGGAAGGUGGAGCAGCGGAUUUCCAGUGCUAUCACUAAGAGCCACCCCCUCCGCAGUGAUGUCUUCAAGUCCGAUUUGGACAAAAACCUCCCAAACAUCCAGGACAUUCAGGCUGCUUUGCUUAAACUGAGGCAGAUUUGUGUUAUAGAUCCCUUCGAGGAGUCUGAAGAGAAGUGGCUGUCAUCCUUAGAGAGCUCAAGAUGGAUGGAGUAUGUCAGAACAUUUCUACGGCAUGCAGUUGAGGUAGUCUAUAUGCUGGAGAGCAGAAAUGUGCCUGUCAUACUUCUAGAGAACGAGGAUCGGGACCUGAGUUGUGUGAUUUCCUGUCUGGUGCAGCUGAUGUGCGAUCCUCACUGCAGGAGUCUGCAUGGCUUCCAGGGACUGAUCCAGAAGGAAUGGGUAAUGGCUGGGCAUCGGUUCCUGGACCGCUGCAACCAUCUGAAGAAGAAUGACAAAGAGGAGUCUCCUUUGUUCCUGCUGUUCCUGGACUGUGUGUGGCAGCUGUGGAAUCAGUACCCAGCAGCCUUUGAGUUCACGGAGGUGUACCUGACAGUGCUGGGGGACAGUAUGUGGGUUCCCAUCUUCAGCACCUUCCUCUUCAACUGCCCCCGACAGAGAGCAGAGAACAGCAGGGAUUUUGCGAGCAGUAAGAGUAUUCACCUGGGGCAGGACCAGGCUCUGCGCUUUCCUCCAGUGUGGGACUGGUCUCAACAGUUCAGUCUUAAAGACCAGACUCUUUUUAAUAACCCCCUGUAUGUGGGCAAGAUCGCCACCUGUGUGCAGAACGGCACAGUGAAGACAUUCACACACAGACGCAGCAAGAAAAACUACAGUUCCACGCUGCGGGGUCUGCCCUCGGCUUUGCGAAACGGAUCGCUUGGGCCGAACGACACGCUGGCGCGCCGGAACUCCCUCGUGCUGCGUCUGCGUUCGGAUUUGUCUCAGGUGCGGGAGCAGCAGGAGACCCCAUCGGAGCGCUUCAUCCGGGACUACUUCUCUCAUCCUGUCGACCUACAGGGCCUGCUGCUCCCCCAGCUCCUCCCAUCCCACCUCUCUGUCUGGAAGCUCUACUUCCUGCGCUGGGUUCCCGAGGCUCAGAUUCCUCAGGGCGGCCCCAUCACCGCCUUCCACAAGCUCUCAGUGCUCACAGAUGAGAUUGAAAUGCUCCAGAGCCAGUUGAGGCAGUACAAAGGAGCAGGCAGUACCCCUAACAACCUGCACGCGGAGCACAGCAAAAUGUACUUUAAGGUGACUUCGACCCCUCACCAGACCCCUUCUCCUCCAGAGUACCUCAGCUCCUCGUUCCCUUUCUCUCCUGUUGGUAACCUGUGUCGCCCCGGCAUCCUGGGGACUCCUCUUAGCAAGUUCCUCAACGGAGCCAAGAUCUGGCUCUCUACAGAGACACUGGCUAAUGAGACGUUUUGAGGGCAGACUGCUGGGACAGGACUGUGAGGUCAGACAAACAGGAAGAUCUUCUCAUUUUGAAUGUGCAGGCUUGAGGGACUGAAAGUUACCUGGACAUUUUUACAGUCUGUUGAGAGUUGUCAGUCAGUGAAUUUUUUUUUUUUUUGCACAAGAUUAAAUAUUAAGCUCCAAUCGCACAUCAUUCUGACUUAGGAUUGUUUGGAUCUGUCGUACACUGCCUCUCCUGUGUUAAAAUACUUUGGGGGAUUUCUCCGUUUGAGGCUUGAGGCAUUAGUUGGAAAGGAAGUAGAACUGGUAAUACUUCAUAUUAAGCUUCAGUUUGUUAUCAUUAGUUAAUACAUUAGGUAUCUUGAACUAACAAUAAACAGUUGUUUACCACUUAAAGGUAUGAAUACACAUACUACUGUUUGAGGUUUGGGGUCAGUUAUUGGAUCAAAAAAUAUUAGAAUACGGCUAACUUUUGAAAAAUCAUUGUCAUUACCCCAGUCUUCAGUUUCACAUGAUCCUUCAGAAAUCAUCCUGAUAUGCUCAUUUGAUUCUCAAAAAGCAUUUCUUAUUAUCAUUGUUUAUUCAUAAUACCUUUACUAAUAUUAAUUUAUACAAAUGAGUACAGUAUAUGUAGAAUUAACAUUAAGCAAGUUUAAUAAAUGCCGGUUAUUGAAACCUAAUGCAUUAAUUGAUGUGACAGAUUGAUCAUUAAUAUAUAGUGUUUUUGUAGAACAAUAAAUUAAAUAUAUGGUAUAAAAUGUGCAUAUGUUUUAGCUUUUAAUCCUGAAAUACGUAGUUGGAGAUUUCUUGAAACCUUCUGGUAAGGUCUAACUUUAGUUAGCUAGCUGCAUUAAAAUCAAUAACCAAAAUUGUGAAACUUGAUAUAGGAAUUGACAGGGUUUAUUGGUGUAAACCUGUAUAGCAGGCAAUAAGUGUGCACAGAUGGGUGUCUGUCGGGCUGGCUGGAUUCUGGUCUUUCUAAAGCACAGCUUGGCUGUCUGAAGGUGACUGACCGCGGCUCAGGCCAGUCAGCCGGUUGAUUUGGCUUGCAGUGCGGUCAGUGUCUCAAACAGCAUCUGACUGUCAGAAAAGACAUUUCCAAUUUGUUGUUAAUGCACCUGUGAACUUUAGAGUUAUUUUACUAGUGUGACUGUAACCUUGGUCUUGGUUUGAUGUGUAGUCUUUUUAAUUAUAGAUUUUUAUUAUGGUUGGGGACUGUAUUUUAUUUUAUAUUUUCGAAUUUAUAUUCCUUAACUACUUGUUCCUAGAACUGGUACUUAUCCUUUUCCCCUGAAUACCCUUUAACAGGAUGUUUACCAGUUUACCAGUCGUGCUGCAAUGAGUAUGAAAACUGUGUUUGUUCUAAUGGCGUGGUUUGAUUUGUCAAACAGCACUGAUAUUUAUUCAGUUAUUCAAGAAACCUAAACAGGGAUAUUGUACAGAUCCUCUGUGCUUUGUUGUGGGCCCUCUUUGCAGUGUACCUGUUCCUUUCUCUGGUUAUUAAAGAGCUACAAAAAGCAUCACAGGAGUUUCCCUCUGAUGUGUGAAUGGAAGUACGCUGACUAGUUCCAAAGCUUUGUGUGGCAGUUGUUUAGAUAUCCGUGGUUGCUCAGUUGUGCCUGUGUAGUGGAUCAAUGACAGUUCUUAGUCUUAGUUUUUGUUUGUGAGCUCAGGGGAGCCUUGUGAGGCAAUAUGCAAAAUUU